AUGGAUCAAGGCUUUUCUUAAAAUCAAACAGGACUUUUAUCAAAUCAAUCAAGCAAAAAAUAUUAAGAACCUUAAAAAGAUUACUCUAUAGAAAUGUAAGAUAUGACAGAACAACAAAGCUAUGUUUUACUAACUAAUGAAUGUAAUUUAAAAUUAUUAUUUUAAGAAACUUGCAACUAAACCAAACAAAAACAAGAGAUGUAUAAAUAAACAUAACCAUAUAUAUUCAAUUAUAAUCAACUACCUAAUUAUCAAAUAUAGGUAUCAUUAGCUUAUUUUGACAUUAGUAAUUAAAUUAGAAUUAGUAAUAAUAAGUUGUUCAACCAAAUAUACACAAUAAUUACUAAUAAUAUAACAAAUAGUAGUUAAACAAAAAAUAAAAUAUGUUGUAAUUAUUAAUUUUCAAAUUCUAGAACUCAUUAUGCAGUUUGUAUAUUUUGUAAGACUCCAUAAACUAUAUCUAAUGACUAAAAGCCAUUCAUGUGUUAUCAAUGUAGACAAGUUUAAUAAGCAACUUAUGAAUUUAUUAAGUGUGCUCAUUGUAAUGUGACAGUUAAAUAUCAAAAAGGAAGUAAAUAAAUAAUAUAAUUAUAAAGUAUCAUCUGUCAUCAGAUGCACUAAAUGUAACAACCAUAAUUUUGUAUAAUUAUAACCAAUGAUACAAAUUACAUAGGAUAAAGACAAGAUAUGA